CGCAGCAAACAAAGUUUUACGCGCGAUCAGAAGUCUGAAUUUAGGAAAAAUAUUAACUUGUGGAAAAUCGUAUCCCGCUCAGCUUCAUUGUCAACAUGUUCAUUCUAUAAAUUUAAAUUAUUUGAAUAAACCUUUUCUGGGCUGUUUCUUUGAGAGUAGCGACCGCAACGCUAAAAAAAGGAAGCGUCGACAAAGAAUCAAGGUUGCUGUUUUUUGGAAGAGAUCACUCCAGUCACUACACACUCUUAGAUUGUUAUCGGUGUAGCAUUAGUUUCUCUGAAGACAAUCAGUUCAAUUGGAUUGCUAAUUUUUCGAAGGUCAAGUUAAACUGUACAUUCUCGAAAAACUAACUAGAUGCUGUUCUGUCACUUAUCGCGACAUUUUCUUGGGUCUUUUGGCAGACGUUCCUUUUCCAAAAUAUCAUUUUGUUAUUUCUUGAAGUGGGAUCCUUGUAUAACUUUUCAGCAAAAAAUUACUAUACACGGUCCCUACCGUAAUCGUUACACUCAUUACAAAAAUGCAUAUCCUAGAAAACUAGAAACUUAUUACGACGUAUACUACUUUGGCGCUUUAACGUGUGUAUUUUUACUAUUUAUUUCUGUAGGCUUCCCUUAUUUAGAACGGAAGGUUUAUGAGUCCAAUGAUGACAAAGGUGCGAAAAAGAAGGUAUGUAAUGUGACAAAUGCCAAAUGUCAGUCAGAGGUUUCUGACACAGAUGAGGAACAGCGACAUCAAAACGACUCUGUAAGAAAAAAACAUGCUGGAUUUCGAGACAGGAAGUUCAUUGCAUACGAAAACCGAAUUCGAGCCUAUUCUACGCCGGACAAAAUCUUCCGAUAUUUUGCAACUCUUAAAAGCAUAGAAGAAGACAAUGAAACAGUUUACAUGACUCCUGAAGACUUCCUUCGUUCAAUUACCCCAGGUAUUAAACAACCUGAUGGUUUAGAUUUGGAUUCAUUUAAGAGAUAUGACCCAAAGACGGGAUUAGUUUGGUUCCAUAACAAGAGUGAAAAAUUAAAUUUGGACAUACCUAAAGAAUCAGUAUUUUAUAAGCUUUGUGAUCAAGCUUUAAUCACAUUUACUGAUUUUAUAUUCCUAUUAACUGUACUUUCGACACCUCGUCGACAGUUUGAAAUAGCUUUUCGUAUGUUUGAUAUUAAUGGAGAUGGGGAAUUAGACAUAAACGAGUUUGAAGUUGUUCGUUCGGUAAUUAUGGGCACUACUGCUAUGGGUCGUCGUCAUCGUGAUAAUUUAACAACAGGUUGUACUUUGAAACCAGGUAGUUCUAAUAGUGCUUUCAAACGCUAUUUCUUUGGUCCAAACGGUGAUCAGAAGUUGCCAAUCAGUAAAUUUCUUCAAUUUCAUUCUGAUUUACAAGAGGAGAUUAUGCGUCUAGAAUUUGAAAGAGCUGAACCAAAGAAUGGAAAAAUUACUGAAGUACAAUUCGCCAAUUCUCUACUUGUUUAUGCUGGAUUUUCUGAGAAUAAAAGACGUAAAAUGAUUCGUCGAGUAAAAGCAAAAUUUCCUAUAGAUUCUGAUCAGUCUAGUGGUAUCACGUAUAAAGAUUUUUCUGAUUUCAGUCAUUUACUUCGAUCUAUUGCUGAUGUGGAUACUGCUUUAACAUUUUAUCAUAUGGCUGGGGCAUCAAUUAAUCAAGAUACUUUAAACCAUGUUGCUUCGACUGUCGCCAAUCUUCACUUGUCACCACAUGUUUUAGAUGUUGUGUUCACUUUAUUCGAUGAGAAUAAUGAUGGACAAUUAAGUUAUCGUGAAUUUGUUGGUGUUAUGCGACAUAGACUCUUACGCGGUUUGGAUAAACCUAUGGAUACAGGUUUUAUUCGAUUACUUAGUGCUGUAUUUCAUUGUACUAAAGAACAAAUCAAUCUUGGAAUUAGUUCUACUUAUAAAGGUGUUUGAAGAGUUGACUAGUUUACUUGUGAGAAUUCACAGACAUAUGUCACAGGAUGAAUAAAAAAGAGUUUGAUGUGGGAUUACUUAUCUACUUAUUUCCUUUGUUUCUUCUAAAUAAAUCAUGCUUUAUGCUGUUCAAUUAAACUUGACGGUAUCAUUUAUGUAUAUGUACCUCUUCACAUUUCCACACUCUUACAUGGAUAUUAAAAUUGAUAUUACAAAAAGCAUUAUCGUUGUACUACAUUACUUUUCGAAUUAAAAUGUCUAAUAAUAAUAUGAGUUCUGUUUUUUCCCAAAAUUUUAUUUCUAUGAAUAUAUAUUGUUUUUUUAUUUCUAUCUGAAUUUGUGUCUUUUCGAACAGGUAACAUAUUGUUUUAACUUGAUAAACCCAGUUAGAUUUUCAGAUAAUUAGUUUUUUUAAUUAAUUUAUUUGGAUGUAUCACGAGUGCUUUCAAAUUACUUUAGGGGAUUUGUGAAGAUUGUUGAAUUUCAAUUCUUACACCACUGAUUAAUCUUAUACAGCCAUUGAAAAACCAGGAAGCACUGAAUACCUGCUUUAUUUCAAUAUGAGACCUAAGUGGUGCUCAUCCACAAUCUUUUGGUAUCGAACUCAGGAUCUUCAGAUCACACAGCGAGUGCUCAACCUUCAGACCACUAAGGAAGCUUACAUGUCUAAUUUGAGCUUCCCCCG